GAUGGCCAUGUCGAGUCGCAAUACGGCAGGCCGGAGGAGAGACACGAUUGAGAAAGUCAUUAUGCUUCUUCGAGUGCCAUUGGCACGAAGGCCGUUGUCGCCAAACACUUGCGCUCGUCUGGUCGCUUCCACGUAUACGCCAUCUACAACAUGGCGGUCCGGAUCGUCAAUCGCCCGCAAGCAGCCAUCCGCAACGCGCCUUGUACAUAACCCAAGACUCGCCCAAGCACAUGCCGACAGUCCAUACACAUCACAGCGUGCCCAAAUCAGACAUGCGACCAACUUGGCUUCAAGGACAGCCAUCAACCCUCCCUCAAACGUUCCCGCCGAAAACCAACAACUAUACGCAUCUCUGGACCGUCUGAAGGAUAUCGCUAGCGACUACGUGAACCAGAGCAGACUGCAACUCGCCCUGAGAGGACUGGAGACUUCGCGACCCACUGUGAGAAUUGGUCUGCUUGGUCUGGGACAAGAUGGCGAUGUCGCUGCUAGGAAACUUGCUCGCGUCUUGCUUGCCGAUGCGCUGGGGGACGAGGGUCAAUGGGAGAAGAUGCUCAAGCAACCAUCACAAGACGGCAAGCCUUUGCUCCUGAGAUACGGAGCUGAGGACGACAUCCCGCCCAUGAACCCGCUCGUAAACGAACUGAACAUCCCAUCGCGUGUCCUGGAGAAGAACAACCUCGAGAUCCUCAUUACAUCUCUCAACACACCCAGCGGUCCCAACAUUACUGCUGAUCCUUCAGGAUUGGCAGAAGCCAUCUUAGUGCCUCCGUUGCAGACUCCCGUCGCUUCCUCUGGUCGUACCGGUUUCGUCCGUUACCCCGUCCACAAGGCAAUUGUUGUAGGAGAAGGUAUUCAAGGAUGCAUGGACUUUGGUCGUCUCUCCAGCGCUCUGGAAGCAACAACUCUGGGUGUCACAGGCGCUGAACAAGGUCUUAUCCAGGUUGCUUUGAGUCUACCACGCGACAGCCCUCGAACGCAGACCAAUGACACUGGCUUGAUUUCUCCCGUCGAUAUUGAUCAAGCUGGACAAGCACUCGAUCUCUUCCGCCAGGAUGUCGCUAACGGCGCCGUUUUUAACACAAAAUGGCAGGCCAGCAACAUUCAGGCCAUUAUCAAAUUCCUGGCCUCGGAUCCUAUGGACCCUGCUACUGGUGAUUCUGUAGGCUUGAGGCCGACUCUACAAUCACAUAUCCGUUCUACGCUAGACUCUGCAGCCGAUGCCAUUGCUCUUUCCGAACAAGUCGCCAACAAUGCUGUAAUCUCCAACAGCAUAUCAGACCAGAAACGUCAGGAGAUCUCACAGGCGAUUUCUGCUUGGGCACAACACGCACACACUGAUCUUCAAGUUUCUCUCGCCAAUGCACUGGAUUCGCGAUCAUGGCGACGAACAACCUGGUCGCGAUUGCUUUGGCGUGUAGACGAUGUGAACGUGGCCGCUGAGGAAGUGCUUCGCUCGCAUUGGCUGUUGGACGCUGAAUCAACUCUCGCUUUCCUCGCCGGCAGAAUCGAACAAGCAGGGUUCUUCCGCAGCAGAGGAGGCGUAGCAAACUUCAAUCCCGAUUAUGCCAUGCACGCAUCCGACCGUGCAGUUGAUCCAAAGACUGGCGAAGUCAUCUCGAAGGAAAGGGCUUUCCUCGCUCCAUCACAAGCUUCUCCUGCACCAACGACGACGAAAACUUCUAAAGGAUUCUUUGGCAGAUUCUUCACUGACAAGGUUCCUCAACCCAGCACUGCAGACUUGCUCAACACACACGCUCUCACAGCAAAGGUUGCAGAAACUGGUGGUAUCGAUAUCUUCCACUCGAGGCCUUGGCCUCUGGCCAUCCACUUUACACGCCAAAAGCUCUUGCACACUUUAGUCCCUUCUCUGCAAGCCCGCGCUCAAGCACUGCUUGCUCAGUCCCUCACCACCAUCGGCGCAACCUCUGCGCUGGGAGUAUGGCUCUACAUCGCCACUUCCGGCACCAUGCUAGCGGAAUCAGGUGCCAUUGCCGCUCUAGGUCUCGUCUGGACCCUUCGCCGUCUCCAAAAGAAAUGGGAAGGUGAGAGGGAGACCUGGGAAGCCGAAGUCCGCGAACAUGGACGCGUUGUUCUGUCAGAAGUGGAAGACGUGCUAAGGACAGUGGUUAGAGAAAACGAAAGAGGUGUUUUGAGACAAAGCGAUAUUGAGNNGGAUUGGGAAAGGGCGAGAGAGGCGCUGCUGGAAGUCAAAAGAGCACUAGGAGACGUAGAGGAAGUAGAAGAGAAGGUGCAGGAGAUUGGAGUCAAGGUU